UUCGACGCUAAGGCACGCGCCAUCUCGAUCUUCCGGAGCUCUCUGCCUACGCAUUUCAUUUUCCAUUGUGAGCGAAAGAAAAUUCCCAAAUUCCCAAUUCCCAAUUCCCAAAUUCGGAUCCUUCAAUCCAAUCGAAGAAGGAUCAUCGGUUUCCUGAUUUCGAAUCGCCAAUCUAUAUGCUAUGGUGCCGUCGCCGGAUCCGUCGCCGCCGAAUCCACAGAUAAUCCAGCAGUUCCUGAGCUCCGUCCUGUCCCAGCGCGGCCCCUCCGCCCUCCCCUACUCCGAAGAAACCAAGUGGCUGAUCCGCCAGCACUUGGUCGCCCUCACGGCCGCCUACCCCUCCUUGGUUCCUCGUACUGCAACUUUCACCCACAACGAUGGCCGCUCCGUCAACCUUCUGCAAUCCGACGGCACCGUCCCCAUGUCCUUCCAAGGCGUCACCUAUAACAUUCCCGUCGUCGUUUGGCUCAUGGAGUCUUACCCUCGCCACCCUCCUUGUGUUUACGUGAACCCAACUCGGGAUAUGAUCAUCAAGCGCCCCCAUCCUCAUGUCAAUCCCUCCGGUAUGGUCUCGAUCCCUUAUUUGCAAAAUUGGAUUUAUCCCAGCUCUAAUUUGGUUGAAUUGGUUCGUAAUUUGAGCGUUAUGUUUGGUCGCGACCCUCCACUUUAUUCCCAACGGAGGCCCAAUCCUGGCCCUAGCCCUAGCCCUGGUCCUUCUCCGGGUCCUAGCUCUAGUUUUGGGCGUAAUAGUGCUAAUUCUUCGAUUGCUUCUAAUAUGGGGGCUGCCGCUUUCCCACGCCCAGCAAUUCCGCCGAGGGUUUACCCACCGUCGCCAUACGGUGGUAGUGCAAAUGAUGUUGCUUCUGUUGCGCGUCUACAGCCACAUACGGAAGAUCCCAAUGAAGUUUUCAAGCGAAAUGCGAUUAAUAAGCUUGUAGAGAUCGUGCAUAGUGAUAUUGUCGGGUUGAGAAAGACUAGGGAGGCCGAGGUGGAAGGACUUUUCAGUGCACAGGGAGUGUUGAGACAGAGGGAGGAGGAGCUAAAUAAAGGUUUGAAAGAGAUGCAAGAUGAGAAGGAGAGUUUAGAGCAGCAACUGCAGAUGGUUCUGAUGAAUAGCGAUGUUUUGGAAGCUUGGGUGAGGGAGAACGAGGGAAGGAAUCGCAGUGAUUUUGAAGCGGAUGACGCAUUUGAAUGUGUUGAUGUGCUUUCAAAGCAAAUGCUCGAGUGUACUGCUUCGGAUUUGGCAAUAGAAGAUGCUAUAUAUUCAUUGGAUAAGGCAGUGCAGGAUGGAGCUGUACAAUUUGAUCAGUACUUGAGGAACGUGAGGUUGUUGUCAAGGGAGCAGUUUUUCCACCGUGCUACCGCUGCCAAAGUCAGGGCUUCUCAGUUACAAGCUCAAGUUGCUAACAUGGCUUCUCGGAUUUCUCAAUAUACUAAUGGCUGAAAUAUGUGUGGCCAUUUUUCUCUUUAGUUCUGUUGCCUUGAUAUGGUGAGCAGUGAUGCACUGCUUGAUUUCUGCUAUUUGGACAGCCUUCGGGGGUAUUACUAGAAGGUUAGAAUUUUGUGAAUUUUUGUUCCUUUUUUAAAUCUCCAUUCUAAAUGUGAUCCCUUUCUGAUGAAGAUUUUUCUAGCAUUGUAAUGUUAGGGGGGCAUGGGAAAUACGUUAUUUGAAAAGAAAAACAUGUACCAAAGAAUAAUAUUUGUGUCGAAGUCACCUGUCUACCUACAAUUUGAUGUGAAUGAUAGUCUUUUAUUCUCAUAAUUCGGAUAAGAAAUUUGAUCAUUA